AUGAAUCCCUUCCGCAUCCUCCAAUCCUUGCUCAACCGCCUCCUGCCCUUCACCAGGCCCGGCACGCCGCUCCUUCAGGAUCUCGUCCACACCGUCGCGCUCUGCGCCUUUCUCUACUUCGCGCCCGUCAUCUUCGAGAACAGAUCGCUCGGCUCCCAGCAGCAGCGACCCCUUGCCGACGACGCCACCGCCACCGACAAUGGCCAGCAUGAGGACAACCAGCACAUCCGCCCCGCUGCCGAUCGCAAUGCUGCCGCACCCGCCCUCCCCAACGAUGGCGCAGAACAAUUCGAGGAUGGAGACUUCAUCGACGACGAUGACGACGCAGAGCUAGCCGCCGAAGAAGAAGAAGCCUUCGCCGCCAUCGAAGCCGCCCGCGCUGUAGGCGACGCUCCCCCACAACCGGGCGCCGACCCAGCAGCCGCUGCCGCCGCUGCACAACACCGCCGCGCAGCCGCAGCCGCGACACGCCAAGUCGGCGCGAAGAAGGCGCGCUCGCUGGCGCGGCGCGACCAGCGGCGGGCGUACCACGAGUUCGUGCGCACGCAGGCGGAGGCGCAGCGGGCGCGCGAGCGCGAGGGUGCCGAGGAGCGCGAAGCUGAGCUAUUCGAGGAGAAGCGGCGACGCGCGGUGGCGGAGGCGGCGGUGGAGGAGCGCGCGCGGCGGGAGCGCGAGGAGCGGCGGGAGAGGGAAAGGCGCGCGCGCGAGGAGGAGGGGAGGGUGCAGCGGGAGGCGUUGAAGGUGGUGCGGGAGGGACUGGAGGGGAGGGGCGCGGUGGGGGUGGAGGAGGUGUUGAGGAGGGUGGGGAGGAGGGCGGGCGGAGAGGGGGAGGAUGGGGAUGGCGGGAGGGAGUGGUUGGAGAGGCUGUUGAGGGCGGAUGGGGUUGUGGGGAGGGGGAGGGGAGCGGAUGGCUGCGUUAGGCUGGUCACGGCGGGUGGGUGGGUGGUUAGGGUGCGGGAGAGCGAUAUGCAGGAUGCGUGGAGGAGGGCGGCGGCGCAGGUUAAGAGCGAUGCUAAGAUCACGUUUGCGGAUCUGGGCGAGGCGCUGGAGGAGCUCUUGCGCAAUAGGGCGUGA